UACGAAGUUGAAUCCCAGGCCCUCAUAGCAAAGCUUCCUGUUGUUGCGCGGGCUUACGGUAGCCCGGUGGAGUUCCUUACUGCAAUUAAAUCUAUAAAUACGAAGGCUUUCAACGACUGUCUAAUGUCAAAGGUGACCGAUGUCAGGUUCUCCGAGCUUAUUCUCUCCUCUAUUCCAGCACGCGAAACAACCAUUAGUUUCGGUGCUGUUUCUAGCAUCACAGAGAUAAAGAAGCGGGAAGUAAAACUUAAAAACAAUUCCUCAUUCAAGGCAAAACCCUUUAUCUCGCUUUUGCUACGACCUCAUGAGGGUUACGCGGUCUCUAGGUCACAUGCAACAGCUAGAAAACUUAUUGAGCCAAUGGGGCGUAACAAAAGUGGAUUUUCUCUUUCGCCACUUCAGUUCAUCAUUCCCCCUCAUGGAGAAGCCUCCACAUUUGUGACCCUUGAUGGAUGCAUUGCUAGCUUGCAGAACGUGCCAAAAAUCGAAGCCUAUGCUCAGGGCUUCAUUACAAUUGAGGAGGUGGGAGAGAGUGCUCGUCUACCGGAAUCCCUCUUCCUUCCACAACUCCGGCUAAAUUUGAAGGCAACUGCAAUGACACCUAUGUGGGUUUCAAAAUAG